AUGGCAGAACUAGAAAGCAAGUCGGCGUUUGUGAAGAAUUCAUCCAUCAAUAGCGUUGGAAAAUCAGGUCGUCGUGUUGCCUUCGAAAUCCCCUUUGAAAAUAAUCAUCAAAGCCAUUCUCCCUACCACAACCAUAAUAUUGAAACCCCCGUCGACGAAUUUGAUACAGGACAUUAUCAUCCAUGUUGUUUGGCAUGUUGUGCAUGGUCAUGUCUUGCCGUGUUCAUCUUUGUUGUAAUUUUUCUCUUUUUCGGGAUAUCAUAUUUGGCUUUCCUCAAAUCAGGAAUGCCAAAAGUCAAUGUUAGAACAUUCAGCAUCAACAAGUUUCAAGUUAAUUAUAACUCGCACAAAAUGGAUGCAAACAUUAAUUUAGGUUUAAAAUUCUCAAAUAAGAAUGAAGAGUUCAAACUUUUGUACGGUCCUCUUUUUGUGGAUGUCAUUAGUGAAGGUGUGAAAUUGGGUAACACUAAACUUAAAGGUUUCUCUCAAAUGCCUCGAAAUGAGACGGAUUUGGACAUAACAAUGACGACGAAUCAUGAAAUUGUUAACAAUUAUGCUGCAGAUGAAUUAAAAUCAGACAUUAGUGCAUAUGAGAUGGUGUUUGAUGUAUAUAUUAGUGGAAACAUUGGUGUGCAAAUGGGUGGUUUGCAUAUGAUCAAUGUGCCUUUUUUGUCAACCUGUGAACAAAUAAAAAAGAUGGAUGUGGAUUAUGGAAGAAAGCCUGAAUGUGAUAUCAAGAUGUUUUCUUUUAGGCCUUCAACCAAUUGA